UGGGUUCCAUCACUUAUCUCUUCCAGCAGUGUGGAGCUGGUCUUGCUUGGAAGGGGGUGAGCCGGUCUGCUGCUGAAGGUCUGAAGGUUCCAGUCAGGCCCGCCAGACUCAUCGUGAUCCUUCCCCCACAUGGAGCUGUAGAGCGAGCGCCACACACACACUUUGCUGCUUCUGCCCGGGAUUGUGGGGAAGAUCAAGAAGCUCCUUUUUCCCUCCUUAUUUAUUUUGCAAACGCAUCCCGAGACGACGAUCACCAUGGAAACGCAGAGGCGGCCCGUCAGGUGGAGGACGAAAAGGUGGCUUUGGGAUUCCGCUCUCGCCGCCGUCCUGGUUUUACUUCUGCAAGCCGUCUCAAUCCGAGCAGCCGAGCCUGUGGACGUGUUGAAGGUCCUGGGCUUCAAGAGUUCCCCUCCAGGUGUGAAGAAGACGCCCGGCUUCUGCCCCAUGAGGAGAGGCUCCAAACCCGACAUCGCCUACCGGGUGAGCAAGACGGCUCAGAUCAGCGCUCCGACCAAGCAGCUCUUCCCAGGGGGAGUUUUUCCAGAGGACUUCUCCAUCCUGUUCACCAUCAAGCCCAAAGCCGGCCUCCAGUCUUUCCUGCUGUCCCUCUACAACAAGCAGGGCGUCCAGCAGCUGGGCGUGGAGGUGGGCCGCGCCCCCAUCUUCCAGUACGAGGACCAGCACGGGAAGCCCGGUCCCGAGGACUACCCCUUGUUCCGCUCCGUCAACCUGGCCGACGGCAAGUGGCAUCGUGUCGCUAUCAGCGUGGAGAAGAAGAGCGUCACCAUGAUCGUGGACUGCAAGAGGAAGGUCACCAAGCCUCUGGGCCGAGGCCAGCAGGCCGCCAUCAACACAGAGGGCAUCGCCGUCUUCGGCACCAGAAUCCUGGAUGACCAAGUCUUUGAGGGUGACAUCCAGCAGCUGUUGAUUGUGGCCGACCCAAGGGCCGCCUACGACUACUGUGAACACUACAGUCCGGACUGUGAAACCCCCAACCACCAGGACACCCCCCAGGCCCAGGAACCUGAGGAAGAGUACACUAACUAUGACUAUGGGGAGUUGUAUGACUACAGUGAAGGACAGUUAACCACAGAACCACCCCCAACCGAAGGAGCCAAAACCGAGACAGUGGUGGGCGGCGACUACUUCACGGAUUACGACUACACCAUCGUGGACGGAAGUCAGCCCGAAGCGCCCACAAAUGGCCAGACAUACGAAGAGGAGAACGUCGACGAUUACGUCACCGGCGUGGAACAGGUCGGCGCGGAACCCACCGUUGCCGUGGAAACCGUCGCGGCGGUGGACACCAACGACAACGUGGAUGCCGGCACGAACGGCUACGACUUUAAGGAGUACGACCUGAAGGAAUACGAUAACAAGGAGUUUGUGGAGAAGCCUUACGACUACGGCGACUACGGCGACUACGGCACCGGCACCGACACCGAAACCAAGACGACCAUCACCGGCGCCGAGGAAGAGUUCGGUCCCGGCGUUCCGGCCGAGACAGACUUCAGGGAGAGCGGCGUGGGAGGAAGUCAGAGUUACCUGGGACAGAAAGGAGAGAAGGGAGAACCCGCCGUGAUUGAGCCUGGGAUGCUUAUAGAAGGACCCCAAGGAGCCCCCGGCCAGGCGGGUAUCCCGGGUACCCCAGGGUUGCCAGGUUCCCCAGGGCCCACAGGAGAUCCUGGUGCAAGGGUGAGUUACCACGAAAGUGACUAACCCCCUUUUUUUUUU